UAUAUGCCAUAUACAUAUAAAUUUAUUUAUUGGCAAAUAGAGAAGGUUUCCUAUUUUAGCUAUAAAUAUCACUUGUAUAAAUGGUUCAUUAGAAAACACCUUUUUCCUGGGUACCAUCAAUUACUUGCAUUCCUUUUGCAUUGUGAAACUGUGAACAUUUGGAGUAUCACUGUCAUUGCUAACAGAAGGAAAUCUGGUUCAGCCUUAUGAAUCUGAGAUCUGGAAGAAUGAAUACUGGUAAAUUGAGCAACAGUUGGAAAAUGAAUGCUGUACUUCAGGGGCUGACUUUUUUUUGGCUGCCAAGUACCAUUAAUAUGAUUGUUGUUCAGAGAAUAUUAGAACCUCUGGUGUGAGGGCUUGCUGAACACUUUUCAGGGCUGCUCAUCUGCCUUUGGUGUCUACUUGUCACCCAGCUCUCACCUGUGGUUCCAAGAAGCUGUAGCAUGUGGAGCAGCCUGUUAAAACUGAACAGAUUGGUUAAGUUAGGUUGAUAUCUACUCCAGGCUUGUGAAGACCUCCUCCUGGAAUAGGUGGAUGAGAAAAUUUGCUUCAGUAGCCGUGAAUGUAGCUGAAGUAAGCACUGUGAAGUGUGUAGAGUUUGGUUGGACAUCUAAGACACUAAAGUCAUUUAGGUUCAGUGUCAAUCAUCUAGGUUCAGUGUCAGUCAUGCAGACUUUAGUCUUGCCACAGGAUUUAGAUGACUCUGGAAGAAAGAGUGAGGCUGACAAUUUUGUGCAACUCACUUAAAUCCAAUUCAUACACAAGUUAAAAUAUUACUCUGUGAUGUCACUGGUACUUUUCAAACAUAACGAUCACCACCACCACUGCCAACUGAUUAAUCAACAUUUUUGACUGUCUCAUCCUUUUAAGUCUUCUUAAAUCUAGCUUUAUUUGUUUUUAACUGCCCUUGCAGCAGGAUUAGUAUUUUCUUGUUAGAUAUCCUAGAUCAUCAGUCUUAGAAGGAACCUCAAAGACCACCCACUUUAAUCCCUUCAUUUUGUAGAUGAGAAAAAUGAGGCUCAGAGAAGAUAUUCAGAUAGUUACCUUCCCAGCUGUGACUUCAUGGCUUCUGGCUCUAAAAUGAAGAACAUAGAGACCCCAAUAAAAAAAGAAAAAGAAGAAGAUGAAAUAGUAGUGGAGGAAGAGAUUAUUAGCACUGGAAAACCUACAGAGGGAAAGGCUAAAAAGAGAUUUUCCUGGUUCCGCAAUAUCAAAGAACGCAAGCUGUGGAACUUCUUUCAUUUUAAAAAACAUGACAAACAAGUAAAGAAUGUGCACAAGUGGGAAGAAAUUGAUCAAGAGGUAUUGGAAGAUUACUGUCCUUAUUCUACUGAAGCCCCUAAAACAUUGCCAACAGAGUGGACAAAUAUUGAAGUUGGUAAUUGGUUAUGGAGCAUUGGAAUGGAGGAGUAUGUUGUAAAAUUUUAUUGUAAAGGAAUAAGUGGUGAAAAACUCCUUACACUGGACAAUCACUCGCUAAAAGAAAUCGAAGUCAACAAGAAGAAAGACCGUCGGAAAAUACUUAAGGCUAUUAAGAAAGUUAGAGAUUUUUGGGAAAAAAAUCAUCAUUUCGUCUUAUUAUAGAAAUUGAUGGAAAGAAGACACAGAACCUGAAAGAUGGCAAAAAUGGAAAAUGCAAUUACUUUUGUUAUAUUGACUUUCCAUCAUUUUACUUCUGUUACUUUUGUUAUAGGAACUUUUAAGGGAUUUUACUUCCAUGUUACUUUUGUUAUAUGAACUUUUAAGGGAUUUUACUUCCAUGUUACUUUUGUUAUAUGAACUUUUAAGGGAUUUUACUUCCAUGUUAUUUUUGUUAUUAUUAACUUUUAAUCAUUUCACUUCUUAGUUACUUUUGUUAUAUGAACUUUUAAGGGAUUUUACAUCCAUGUUACUUUUGUUAUAUGAACUUUUAAGGAAUUUACUUCUAUGUUACUUUUGUUAUAUGAACUUUUAAUCAUUUUAUUACUGUUACUUUUGUUAUUAUUAACUUUUAAUCAUUUCACUUUCAUGUUACAUUUGUUAUAUGAACCUUUAAGGGAUUUUACUUCCAUGUUACUUUUGUUAUAUGAACUUUUAAGGGAUUUUACUUCCAUGUUAUUUUUGUUAUUAUUAACUUUUAAUCAUUUCACUUCUAUGUUACUUUUGUUAUUUGAACUUUUAAGGGAUUUUACAUCCAUGUUACUUUCGUUAUAUGAACUUUUAAGGGAUUUUACAUCCAUGUUACUUUUGUUAUAUGAACUUUUAAGGGAUUUUACUUCCAUGUUACUUUUGUUAUAUGAACUUUUAAUCAUUUUAUUAAUGUUACUUUUGUUAUUAUUAACUUUUAAUCAUUUCACUUUCAUGUUACAUUUGUUAUAUGAACCUUUAAGGGAUUUUACUUCCAUGUUACUUUUGUUAUAUGAAGUUUUAAGGAUUUUACGUCCAUGUUAUUUUUGUUAUUAUUAACUUUUAAUCAUUUCACUUCUAUGUUACUUUUGUUAUAUGAACUUUUAAGGGAUUUUACAUCCAUGUUACUUUUGUUAUAUGAACUUUUAAGGAAUUUACUUCUAUGUUACUUUUGUUAUAUGAACUUUUAACGGAUUUUACUUCCAUGUAACUUUUGUUAUAUGGACUUUUAAUCAUUUUAUUACUGUUA